GCUUGUUAUUCGCCUGGGCCGGAGAGAGGCUCCGUCAGUCAGUCAGGGCGGGCGCCUCAGCCGCCGAGCCCGGGCCGUCCGGGGGCGGGGAGCGCGAGAGGCGGAGCCAAGCCGGACCGGGCCCUCCCCUCUCCCUCAGCCGCCGCUGUCGUCGUCGUCGCUGUCGGUCGAGAAACGGGGGCCGCGCUCUCGUCGGCCGAUCGGUGCCUUCUUCGGGGGCGCGCGCUCCCUCCGUCAGCCGCACGGCGGUGAGGAGGGAAAGAAGACGGCCGAGGGCGGCAUUUUUUCCAGUUGUGAUAGAGACAUCUUUUGAGCUGGAAUCCCUCAAAUAACCUUCAAAGAUGAAGGCAGCGGAUGAGCCUGCCUACCUGACAGUGGGGACUGAUGUCAGUGCCAAGUACCGGGGUGCCUUCUGCGAGGCAAAAAUUAAGACUGUGAAGAGGCUGGUGAAAGUCAAGGUGGUUUUAAAACAAGAUAAUUCAAUGCAGUUAGUGCAAGAUGACCAAGUGAAAGGACCUUUAAGGGUUGGUGCAAUUGUUGAAACCAAGAUGCCUGAUGGAUCCUUUCAAGAAGCCAUCAUCAAUAAAUUGACAGAUGCCAGCUGGUAUACUGUAGUUUUCGACGAUGGUGACGAGAGAACGCUAAGACGGACAUCGCUGUGCUUGAAAGGAGAGAGGCAUUUUGCAGAAAGCGAGACACUUGAUCAGCUGCCACUAACAAACCCAGAGCACUUUGGAACACCAGUGAUUGGGAAGAAAUCCAACAGAGGAAGGAGAUCCUCUCUUCCUGUUAAUGAAGAUGAAAAAGAAGAGGAAAGUAGCGAAGAGGAGGACGACGAUAAGAGGCGCCUUAACGAUGAGUUGCUCGGCAAGGUUGUCAGCGUGGCAUCCGGCCCUGACAAGGCAGACUGGUAUCCAGCUUUGGUCUUGUCCCCCAGCUGCAGCGACGAGAUAGCCGUGAAGAAGGACCAGUGUUUAGUUCGCUCUUUUGCGGAUUCCAAAUUCUAUUCGGUAGCCAGAAAGAACAUUGAGGAAUUAGACAUCCUAAACAUUACCAAAUCCAAGCAGACUUCUACCAAAGGGUUGCAAGAAGCAAGCUUCUUUUUCAACCAGAAAGUGAUACCUGCGAACUGGAAGAUGGACAUGCGCGAAAUCUUGGAAUCGUCCAGCAGCGACGAAGAGGAGGGAGCAGAGGCAGGGAGCGACGAAGAGGAAGACAAAGGGGAGCAUAAAGAAGAAGAGGUAGCGCCAGAGGAAGAACCUGAUCCGGAAGAGAGGGACAACUUCCUCCAGCAGCUUUACAAGUUUAUGGAAGACAGAGGUACUCCUAUCAACAAACCUCCUGUUCUGGGCUACAAAGACCUUAAGCUCUUCAAACUUUUCAGGCUCGUGUUUCAGCAGGGCGGAUGCGACAAUAUUGACAGCGGCGCUGUAUGGAAGCAAAUUUAUAUGGACCUUGGCAUUCCUAUUUUGAACUCAGCUGCUUCUUACAAUGUAAAAACUGCUUAUAGAAAGUAUCUUUAUGGUUUCGAGGAGUACUGCCGCUCUGCAAGCAUUCAGUUUAGGACGAUACACCACAAUGACCCCAAAGUAAUAGAAGCAGUACCGAAACCAGAAGAGCCAAUGGAGGAAAGCGUGAAAGAAGAGCCCGAGAUGUCUCCUGCAGAAGUUCAGAACGAGGCAGAAGAAGAAAAGGACUGCAGCAGCGAAAGCGAAAAAGAAGAAAUCGAACAGACGUCUCCUCGGGGGCGAAGGAGGCUUAUGCGUGAGGUUGCUGCCGCUGAAAAGGAAAGCGAAGAGGAUAAAAUGCAGGACAAACUGAAAGAGAGCAACAAGGAGAACACGGAAGUAGAGGAAGCGCCUAACAACGUGGAGAAGAGGGAAAGCGAGGCAGUGCUCGGAAGCAGAAGGACCACACCAAAGCAAAAGGAAAAGAGAGCUAAAAAGGAAGAGGAGUCAGACAGGGAGUCAGAUGAAGACGAGGAGAGGAGGGAAGAACUCGAGAACCGGGGAGAAUCGGAAGGAGAGGAGGGUGAGGAAGAAGCAGAACCAUGCCUAACAGGAACCAAAGUGAAAGUAAAAUACGGCCGUGGGAAAACUCAGAAGAUUUACGAAGCCAGCAUCAAAAGUACAGAGAAUGACGACGGCGAGCUUUUGUACUUGGUGCAUUACUAUGGCUGGAACGUGAGGUACGAUGAAUGGGUAAAAGCUGAUAGGAUUAUUUGGCCUGUGGAGAAGGGAGGAUCAAAGAAGAAGCAGAAGAAAAAAGCAAAGAGCAAAGAAGAUGGAGAAAAAGAUGAAAAGAAGGAAGAGGAGAAGCAGAAAGCCAAACGCGGGCGCCCUCCUCUGAAAUCCACUCUUCUAUCAAACCUGUCUUGUGGUCUGCCCAAAACUCCAAAUAGUGAAAGUAAACCAGGGUCCCGAAAUGCACGCAGCGGCUUGCCGGACUCCUCAGCCUUGCCGAAUGGGACAGAAGGAAUGUCUCGCAGGCAAACGAGGCGCAGCUCAGGAAUGUUGGAUUCUGACCGAGGAUCAAAUGAUUCCGUCUCAUCUGACAGUGAUGCAGACGAAGCUUCUGAAAAGACGACAAAUGAAGACUUUUCUCCAACAAAUUCAGAACACGAAAAGGACGAGAAAAGUACAGCUGACAAACCUGAGGAAGAAACCCCAAAGAUCUCACACGUGUCGAAAGAAAAUGACAGGAAUCCAGUCUACCCUUUAGAAGUUUUGAAACUAGAAGUUAAAGAGAGUGAACAGGUAGUUCAGAUUUUUGCGAACAAAAGUGACCAAAUGGAGGAGAUGAAGAAAGAUUUGGACAAAUCGCCUAAAGGGAAAGGGCGGAGGAGCAGAGCAAGAGACUCGACCCUAGAGAAUGUAAAGACGGUCCCCCUCCAUCAGGACGAGGCACCCAGUGAACAUGUCACAGAGUCUGAAAGGCUAGAAAUGUCUUCCUUGGACAGCAAAGGUUUAAGCGCCGCUUCUGUGACUGAAACGGAUCUUUUCACAAAAGAUAAGAAGCUGUUCAAAAGGAAAGCCGGAGAACAGCUAUUACCUGACAAAAGGGGGCGUGUGGAGAGCGAGAUAUUGGACGUGCCAAAUAUUGCGACUGAGGGGAGGGCGAGUAAGUGUUCUGGGACAGAAGAAUGUAAAGUUUUCAACGCCGACGACUCCCUCCGAAAUGAAAACGAGGAGAUGCCAUCCUUGGUGGCAGAGUCCGAUCAACGCCUUCAAGCUCGGGGAGGCGACCGUUUUGAAUGUCCUUCCGAGGCAAACUGCAGCACCCCGCUGAAAGACGAGGAAGACUCCAUGCCCCAGAUCGGGCCGGAAACGCUUCUUUGCCACGAGGUGGACUUGGACGACAUCGACGAAAAGGAGAAGAGCAGCCUCGACCACUCGGUGUUGGAAAAACAAGACCUCAGCAUCCCUGCUUCAAACCCGCCUGCCUUACCCCCUGCUGUCCAGCCAAACUUCUCCGUGGCCUCUCCCCUGGCCCUCAGCCAGGACGAGUCGCGGAGCGUGAAGAGCGAGAGCGACAUCACCAUCGAAGUGGACAGCGUAGCCGAGGAGUCUCAGGAAGGGCUCUGCGAAAGCGAGUCUGCCAAUGGAUUUGAAGCUUGUACCACGUCGAGCAACGGUAGCAUCACGGCACCAGAAAGGGAGAUCGGAGAGAAGGGUCAGAAAAGGCCUUGUGGCAGCAGCAACUCCUCACUGGCAAAGAAGCAAAAGCGUACCCCAAAGCGAGCCAGCACUGUAGCCAAAAACGAGAAGAACGGGACAGGACAAAGCAGUGAUAGUGAAGAUCUUCCUGCCCUGGACACCUCAAGCAAAUGCACUCCGGUAAAACACAUCGGCAUGUCCAAACCACAGAAGCUCGCUCGCUCACCUGCGAGAAUGAUAUCCCCCAACAUCAAAGACGGCGAGAAGGACAAGCCGAGGGAGAAGAACCAUCAAAACGUUUCCCCCAGGGUGUACAAGUGGAGCUUCCAACUUGAUGAAUUGGACAACAUGAACAGCACAGAGAGGAUCUCCUUUUUGCAAGACAAACUGCAGGAAAUCAGAAAAUACUACAUGUCUCUGAAGUCUGAAGUGGCCACUAUAGACAGAAGAAGAAAGCGGUUGAAAAAGAAAGACCGAGAAGUGUCUCACGCAGGAGCUUCCAUGUCCUCGGCUUCUUCAGACACUGGAAUGAGCCCUUCGUCCUCUUCUCCGCCCCAGAAUGUGCUUGCAGUUGAAUGCAGGUGAUACCGGACUCCUCUGCCUUGUGCAGCAAGUGGCUGGCAUGGACAGAAAUCCCCGAAAUACCAUAGAAAGCACUCAACUGGUUUGACAUUGCCAAGUAUAUUCUGUAUACUCUUCCACUGCUGGAUUGUGUCCGUCUCUCCUCUUCGCACGCCCUCCCCCCCCCUUUUGUCAUUGUGGAUAUAUAUUUUUUUAAUUUUAACCUUUUAUUGUGGAGAUUAAGCUAAUUGGCAACAGAAGGUUCACAGGUGCACUUGGACACCCCGGUCUUUGUGCUUGUCUUGUUUGCUUUUGAAACAACAACAACAACAAAAAAAGAAGGGCACUUAAUCAAAUUGGGAAAAACGGAUUUCUGAUGAAGCCUUUACAAGGAAAUUACUUUUUUAAAAAAACAGAAAAAAAAAGCAAGUGCACCGUGGAAGCAUCAAAAUAGGUUCAGUCAGAAAAUCAAUUUGCUGUUGCACUUUUUUUUCAUUGAGCUGUAUCUUAAAUUCCUGGGCGAGAGUCUCCCCCCCCCCUUGCCGUAUUCCCCGCCCCCCCUUGAGUUAGGCUUUUUGAUUGGAAAAAAGCACGCGCUUUACAGACCUGCCAAAGUGUGUGUUUAGCACCGUGCCCAGUUUUUUUAAAAAAAGGUGUAAAUUGGACAAAAUAAAUUGUGAAAGGAAGCGUAGUUGACUGGAAAACUACCGUUGCGAUGAGUCUUCCACUUUUUUAUAGGAUUUUUGAGCACACGAUUAUGCAAAUAUUUUAAUGUUUAAUGUUUACAGUGGAAUUGUGAAUAGGUUUUCAGUGGACUAUCUUAUCCCUUGACAAAAGUAUUUUGUCUUUUUUUCUAUGUAAUUUCAGAGUUUUUAUUUUGUUACAAAAAGGCAAAAAAUAAAAUAUAUAACAAUGAAGUUAUUUAACGAGAUUUCUAAAGCUGAAUUUUUUUGUGUAAAAUAAGGUAUCUUGCGACCUGUUAAAUAUAUUUAUUCAGACAUUGGAUGUUGUAUUUUUAUGUAUUUUUUAAAAAAAAUUAAUAAAAUUGGGGAGAAUGUCUAGAUUAGGUUCACUCUUUCAAUAAAAUAUAGCUUUCAUUUAUUUAAAAAAAAAGCCCUGUACAGGUGGCUGGAUGUAUUAGCCAUACCUGUAUGUUAAGUGGUUUUCAUCUGUUCAGCCUUCCACAGUGUAAAACUGUAAUCUGGCAUCUGGAUUAAACUAUAACCUGUCUUGAAAACUUUGGCAGUCUUAGUACUUCUGUUGCUUUGAGGAACAAUCCCCCUCCACCCCACCCCUUGGAUUGCCCUUACCGUGCUUUGUCACAGUUUUAAUUUGCUGUACUUCUGAAGUGAGUUUAUAUCUGCCAAGUCGAGAUGUAUCACCAGUUAAGAGUUAAAAGACUGCUUUGGCUGUGGAUUUGUCCCACAGACUGAAAACAGUAUGUAAAUAACUUUCCCAAAAACCAUGUAUUUAAAGACACUCUGCAUAUACAUUGUGUAUAAAAAGUGAUUUUUUAAAAUCCAUUUUUGAAAAAUUCAUCUUUGUACAUUGAGAAGGGGGUUUGCCUCCUCCCGUGUUAAUAUGCUGUAGAGCUGUAACAUAGAUUCUCUAGACUGUGUCAAGAUAUUAAAGGUUCACUGAAUCUGAAGGCCUGGAUGAGAGACUGAAAAAGAGGGUCAUUUAGCUAAAAUGCACCUGUUUCAUUUUAUUACAUUGUCAACUUGUGAUUCCAAUUCUUUCCAUUUUCACAGAGAACUAAAGGAAAAAGUACUCUUGUAAAAAUGCACUUUUUUCUGUCUUUUCUUAAGCAGAGCUAUUUCAAUGUAUGAUACAAAUUAAAGCUCCGUGGAGAGCAUUAAUAAAGGUUAUGUUUUUAAA